AUGGCAACGAGCGACCCUGCCGUGACCUCUGCCCUCGGUGGCAGUGCCGACCGACGCUCCCCUCCCGCUGCGUCCCAAUCGAAGCGUGACCGUAAGAGACAGGCCCUUAUGGACCGCCUCAGCGUCAUGAGCGACAGGUUCCAGCGCGACCAGGAUCCGACGUACCGCGACCAACUACAAAAAGUACAAUUCGAGCUCAGCCUCAUGCAGCGUUUUGACCCGUAUGGGGAAAACCCGCUUGACACAGCCGAGGACCUGCGCAAGGAGCACAAACGAGUUCUCGGCCCCAUGCCCAACUCGGACAAUGCACGAAGCAUGAUUGAUAUGGCUGGCAUACGUUUUCCCGAAUAUAUGGACGAGAUUGAGGAUCUCAUAGAGCUUCGCGACUUCAAACUGACCCAGUCCAAGGAUGAGUACGACCGCAAAGUUCAAGAGUACAAAAAUACCCAUGCCUACAAGGUCGAAACUGCGAAGCGCGAGUACCGGGCACUGACAAAAACACUUCGCGAUCGGAUCGUCAACACUCUCACGCAGAAGAAGAACAGGCUCAACCGCGAAAAGGAGGUGCUUGAGAUAAAUGACUCUAAUGCCCUACUCCUCAACCCCAGCCAGUUCAGCCUAACGAACCCCGGCUCCCCCGGCGGCGCUCACGGCAAGCGAGCAACCCGCCUGCGCAAGGACGCGGACGACCUCACGCUGUUCUCUGACGCAAAGAAGCGCAAGCGGAACCACGACGAGGACGCUGCAACGCCCGCCCGUCGUGGCGUGGACCCCAGCAGCACCACGCCGCUGUGGCACUCGGAAAAGGCGCGCGCCUUGGCGAAGCAAAACGGCCCAGCGUACAGUAUCGACAAGCUCUUCACGGACAAGGAGCUUUCCAUGCAGUACAACACGGCGGCCCUCGCCGCCCACCAGUACGUUUUGCGCAACCGCGCCAACGGCAACGCCUCGCUGCCCGAUAUGGACGACAGCGACUCCGACCACGCCAAUGGUGACGACGACGACGACUCUACGCCGUCGGCCGCGCCCGCCAUGGAGCGCAACGUCUCCCACGCGACUAGAAGCACGCGUGGCGCGGGCGCCGCCGCCACGGCCGCUGCUGCCGCUGCCUCUGCCGCCCAAAACUUCCUCGACGAUAAGAUCCUCGGCAUCGAAGGCGUCGCCAACUUUGAGCUACCGGGCAACCUGGAGCUGAUCCACGCGCAGGAGCCGCCCAAGAUGCCCCCGCCGGUGCCGCAACAGUAUCUAAAGCCGUACCCGCGCUCGGCGGACCAGAACUUUCCCGUGCCGCUCUCGCAGGACGACGUCGCCUCGGACUUGACCGUCCUCGGCUUCUUCAAGCAGUACGACCAGGCGCAGCGCCGCUCCGGCGCGCACCUCGACACGCCCACCGGCAUGCGGAGGGUCCUCGAGGCCGUCGCCGUGCCUUACCACCGCGGCAAGUACGUGGCCUUCACCGCCGCGCCGCGCGAUGACCCCGAGGCUGUUAGCGAGACUCUCGGGCUCGUCAGCAGCGUGCGCGACCAGCCCAGUCCCCCAGCGGCGCCGUCGGGCGCGGCCGCGUUCUCAUCGGCCGCGGCUUCGGUCCCCAUGAGCAGGCAGAGCAGCGGCGGCACCACUGCCAUGAGCCGCCAGGCCACCGGGGGAAGCGGUCGAACAAAGGGUCGACGCGGUUAA